AAAUUUUAAGCAGGUUAUUGAAGUGUAGCUCCAACCAAUGCAACCGCUCGAGUUGGAGCCUACCCUUAAUACUAUUUUGGCUAAACCUAUAAUUUGUGCACCUUCUAACAGAAAUUGGAUUAUUUCCCCUUGUAGAAUAAUGCCAGUGAGAGUGGUGGAGAGUUCUGCACCUUCUCAAGUUUCAGAUUAUGUAUCCGCCCCAACUAUGUUCUUUCCAUGCCUAUCAAAGUCUUCUUCAUGGUGUUCUAGGUGUUAAAUUCAAUUAGAUUUGAAACUUGAUGCGUCCACCCACAGAGAGUAAUUUUACUUCAACACCACAUGCAUGAAGGUGCAAAUCCUGGAAACACUUCACCCCCAGCUUGUACACUGUUGAGCGUUGGGCAGGCGUUCUCUGGAACUCAGAAUGUUUCUAGUCUACAAAAAGAUGAAGCCUGGAGAGUUAAUGUACGAAUUCAAGGUUGUGAUCUUGAUCAUGGAUAUCUAUGCGGUACCAUGGAAGCUUUAAAUGUUCCUAUGGCAGACACACCAGUCUUAUCCCAGGUUGUCACUUUCUGGGAAGGGGAGAUUGUUGAUACCAAGAAUUAUACUUUCUUCACUGGCAAAUGGGAAGCAACGCCAGAAGAUGACAUAAGACACUGGACCAAAUUUCCAUCCUUUUCACCCAUUCAGAGCCACGUGGAGGUUGAUGGUGGCAGAUCAUUAGACCUGAGCAAUUAUCAACACAUAUUUAUGAGAUGGAAAGAGCAAUACUUUGUGAACGUUGGGACUGACUGUGGGUUAACCAUAGCUGGUUUUUAUUAUGUUUGUUUCUCUUGUAGUGACGGAUCCAUAAAUGGAUUUUAUUAUGAUCCUAAUAGCAGCCCAUUUCAGAAGCUUGAGCUGAAAUCAACUAAUGAGGGAAGAUCAGGUUUCAGUUUUUCGUCAUACGAGCUGCAAUAAAAUGGAACGUGGGCAUUUGUUUCUAAGACCAGAACUUGAUAAAAAUAUGAGCAUCCCUUUGUAUGGAGAGAGAGUUCCUUUUCAAUCAUCUGUAACUGCUGGCAUAAAGCUUCUAAAGGUUAAGGCAAGUUUCAUGCUUCACAUUUCUGAAAAUUCGGGGCAAGUUAUGGGAGCAUCGAGACUGCAUACUGUCGCAAAAUAAAAAGUUAGCGCUGUAACAGUUGAGGUGAGAUCUUAGUUGUUAUUGUGAGAUGAGUACAUGUAUUGCCAUUUUUCUGCGGAUGACUGUCAGCUACUUUGAAGUGAAUUUGAGAACAUGCAAUUCCAACGAAAUUUGGAUGGAUUCCUUUAAUUAUAAUCGAGUUUGCUGAUCAACUAGUCA